GGUCCCUCUUAUGGAACCACCUCGGCGGUCCGAACGACAAGAUGAGGGUAGUGUUCGAUGCUGGGGAUGUAGGGGACGAAGAAGAUGAGGAGGUAGAGCUUGAGAUCAGGGACGAUGUAAUCAACCUCGACAAGCUUCUCGAUUUUAUCCCUUCCAUCGACGCCCUCGAGGAUUUGAAGAUCUCCAACACCCUCUCAUCUUUCCACUUCUCAUCGGACCCCGACUCCGCUCCCGAUUUCACCACCCUCCUCGGCCUCAAAGACACAUUCCAGGACGACGAGCCCCCUUUCCAAUUCGAGCCCAAUCCCGCUUACGACGGCAAUGACAUACCGAUGGCGCCCAUGGAUGUCGGAGGAGAGGAGGAGCACGACUUCUUCGGUUUCGACGACUACAACGCCGGUGGUGGUGGGGGCGAAGGAGGGUUCGACGAUGACGCUUCUAUGAUGGGCGAUGCGGAUGCUGCUAAGCGUUACGGCGGAGCUGCCAACCCACAACCUGCCUCUCUCGGUCUGGCGGGUCAAGGCGACCAUUUAGGCACAUUCGAUCCUCGUACACGCCAGGCGCGGGACGAGCUCGUGGUCGGGCUUCGAGAAGGAGACGAAGAUGGGAUGUUUGACUAUUUCGAUCAAGGGUUCGGGGGAAAGAGUUGGGCAGGAGCAGAGCAUUGGAAGUUGCGAAAGGUUUCUAGGAAGGAUCCGACAGCGCCAUCAACCAACGCCAAAACCACCCGCGCUGCCAAAGCCCCCUUCACCAUCGACUUCUCCUCCCCUGCCACCGAUGCUACCUCUACCAAAACCCUCUUCGCCCCCGGAACCAAAGCCUCGCUCAACCUCCCCUCUUCAUCUCGCUCCAAGGGGAAGAACGCUGCAAAGACGAGAAAGGAAGAGUACUUGUUGCCGGACGACAUGCACUUUAGUAGUCACCAGCUGUUGAGGUUGUUUCUGAAGCCAAAGUUCUUCUUGAGAGUGCGCAGAGCCGGGGGAGGGACGCAAGCGCCUUUGAAUGAGAACGGCGAGAUUGAUGAGAACUUUUGGGCGAAUGCUGCUGCUGAGCGAGCUGAGGGCGAUGUCGACAACGAUGAGUUCGGCUCCGCACCCGCUCCCUUUGAAUCACAAUUCUUCCAAGACGACGACGACGGCUACGACGGCGGUGCCGACUUGCCCGCCAUCAUGGAUUACGACGACGAGCCCCUCAUAACAUACGACGAGAACGGUCUACCCAUCCCUGUCGCCGGCGGCGAUGGCGGCGAGGAGGACUUGUUGGCAGGGACGCAAGGGAUGGAGUUGAAGAGGGCGAGGCCGGAGACGGUACAUUUCGCGAAGAAGGCGAAGAGGGUGGAUGUGAAGAGGUUGAAGGACGAUAUCUGGUCGGGUCUCAAGACACUCAUCCCCGACGGUCCUCCUCCCACCGACGAAGACGGCAACGCCGCUGCUGCUGACGCCGAAGUCGACAAGGACAAAGCCGAACCCGUCCAGACAUUCAUCAACAUCAUCACCUCCCUCCGAACCACCUACCCCGCUCAAAAGAUGUCCGACAUAUCUACAUCUUUCUGCUUCAUCUGUCUAUUACAUCUCGCCAAUGAAGAGGGUCUCAAGAUCGAGAGCGCGAGGAACGACGGAAAGGAUAGCGAAGAUGGCUGUAUGGGCGUUUUGGGAGAGGAUGGGAUGCCUAGUCUUGAAGAUUUGACGAGGGCCGGGAGGACGGAAGAAGGAGAAAGGAACGACAGGGUUAUCGGCGAGCUCGAGGCUCUGAGGGUGUACAAGGAUCUCGCUGCUGGAAGGGCAGCAUAGUGGGUUGUAAUUGAUAGCUUCGGAUUGUGUCGCCUUUGCUUUUCCGCGUAUGCAACUCUUGCGUUCAAGGGAAU